GCGUAAAAGCUGACAUCGCCCCCCUCCCCUUCAAUCCGAACCCAUCCAUCUCUUCCCAUCAUGACACACGAUCAGAUCACGCUCGACGUAUCCGGUCGCAAAUUCCGUACGUCCAAAUCAGUUCUUGAGGUCGCGCCUUAUUUCAAGAAUCUACUCGAUCGCUGGGAAGACGGCCCGGACCUCCAGACCGACGGCUCGUACUACGUGGACGCGGAUGCGGAUACAUUCGGACAUCUACUCAGCUUCAUGCGUCGGCCUUCCAGGUUCCCGCUUUACUGGACGAGAAAAGACGGCUUCGACUAUGCUCUCUACGGCCGGGUCGAGGCAGAGGCAGACUACUUCAUGUUGGAGGGGCUACGGGACUGGAUCAAGCAACGCAAAUACCUCAAAGCAAUAUCCGCAGUCUUACGUACUGGCAGUGCUGUAAAAUACGAGAGACUAGACGGCGAUGUAGUUAUCGAGAAACAUGUUGUCAGGAAGGCUGGUUAUCCUCUCUGCCCAUUGGCGUUCCAUCAGGAUGUUGAACGUGAUUGCUGGUGGAGCGAGGACUGCAAAAAAGCAAUGGUAGCCAAUGGAUUGCAAUUGAGUAGUGCAAAAGACGAGCUCCUCGUGGCCGUUACAGAGUUCCACUUCAAUAACGAGAUUCUGGUCAACGACACGCUAUAA